AUGAACACUUUGGGCGGGCAUCAAGGUUCUACUGCACUGGGCUUUGAUCUUCCACUUGGCUCUAAGGUCUUGAAUAUCAACAACGCAUUGAUCUGCUUUGGCAGUUACUGCAUAGGCCUUCCCACCACUGGAGCAUCAAUCAUUCUCCCGUUCGAGAGUUUGUACACCGCGCCCAACGACUGCUGCCUGGGCGAGCCAUCAGUCGAAAAGAAUCGCGGGAUAUAA